AUGAGUGAUUCAGAUUCAGAUGACUAUGAAGUAAAUAAUUUCAUAUAGUCUUUUAACAACAAAUAAAGAAAAGAAGGAAAUGAUCGUUUUAAUCCUUAUAAGUAAACAAGCUCUAUGUUAGAUGAUAAAUAUGGAAAAUAAUUUUUAAGUAUAUAAGAUAAACUCAAUCCUAAAUAUCCAUUAAUGAAUGGAAAAGAUUUUGAUCAUAGAAUAGAAAAAAAGAAGAUAAAUUCUUAUUGGACUAUAGGUGAAGAUGUUCUUUUAUUAUAAUUGGUUGAACGAUUUAAAACAGAAGAUUGGAAACUAAUUUCUGAUAAGAUUAAAACUAAGGAUCAUAUUGAAUGUUCAAGAAGGUAUACUAUGAUUAGAGAACCAGAUGAAUUUGAAGAUGAGGAAGAAGAAGUAGAUUUAACAUGGACACCUAAAGAAGAUUCACUUUUAAUAUUCUCUUAUAGAAAACAUAAAGGAAAUUGGGUUAAAAUUUAAUAAAGAUUUCCUCAUAGAGAUAGACCUUCAUUAUUAAAAAGAUGGUCUGAAAUUGCUUAUAUCUAAUAAUAAACUCCUACUAUUUUCUGGGAUAUUGAAAGAGAUACUAGAAUUAUUUCUAAUUUUUUUAAUUCACUUAAAUUUGGUGAUAUUGCUUCUGAUCUAAGCAUUUAAGAAGAGUCUAUUGAAAAUAGAUUCCAUUUUAUCAUUGCCAAAUUAAGUGGUUAACUUGAAAAAAGAGGUGUCAAAGUAGAAUUACCAAAAAAAGUUUUAGAUUCUAUUUAAAUUACUGAAGCCUAAGGAUAAUUAGCUUUAUAAACUAAAUAAUAAACUCUAGAUAUUCAAGAUGAUUAACAUUAAUAAAAUGAUAAAUUCAUUAUCGAUAACAUUUUAAAUGAUUAAAAACAUUAAGAAUCUAAUAUUGCAAUUAAUAGUAAAAUAGAAAAUCAAACUAAAUUUGAAUUACCUAUUUAAUAAACAUAAAUUAUUGCUCAUUCUAAUAAUGAUUAGAUUAAAUUAAAUGAUGAAUAAAUUAUUUAAAAUAACUAACAAGAUACUCAAUAAACACAAUAAACUCAAGAAGAACAAAAAUUAGGUGAACUUAAAGAAAAAAAUAUGAUAAAUGAUACACUACUUAUGAUGAAAAAAAGUUUAGAACAACAAAAUUAACAUUUUGAUUCCUUGUAUGAUAUUAAAGAUCUAUUAUUUUAAAAUGUAAUAUGA